CUCUCCCUCCACACCGCGUCCCUCUCUCCUCUCCUGGUCACUCUGAUCCGGACUCUGGACCUCUCAGAGACCUCUCUUGGAAAUAAUUAUUAGAAUAAAACUUAUAAUGUCCAGUUUAUCUUUUUAACUCUUACUAGAGAAGGAUUACAAGAUGCUGCUGUUUGCUUUGCUGGUUUGUUCCAUGCCCAGUGUCCUGGGUCAGCAGGAGGAAUCACAGCUUGGAGAUGAGUUUGAUCUCGACCUUGCAGACUUUGAUUUGGAAAUUGCUCCACGCAGGGUCCCACGGCAGGUGAAGACUAUACUCACCAAGGAGACUAAACCUCACAUCCAGGAGCUCUCCAUCAAGACCACCAUCAUCUCCCGUUACGCCUUCACGGCGGUGUACUGCGCCAUGCUCAACAGGCACACCGCUGCUUCAGAGGGAGUCUUCCAGUUUCAGAUCCCUGCUGGAGCCUACGUCUCCAACUUCACCAUGAUCAUCGGAGGGCGGGUCUACCAGAGCGAGGUCAGGCCGAAGGGAAAGAGGGUCAAACAGGGGAGCGGAACCGCGAGGAACAAAGAGGCAGGUGAUGCAAGUCCCGAGCCGGAGGUGGAGAUCUUCAAGAUGGCGGCCAACAUCCCGGGUCGUAACCGCGCCAUCUUCCUGCUGACCUACGAGGAGCUCCUGCAGCGCCGUCUGGGACGCUACGAGCACACGACGAGUCUGAGGCCGCUGCAGCUGGUCAGCCGCCUCAACAUGGACGUCACCAUCGUGGACCACUCGCCCAUCACCGACCUCCAGGUGCUGCCGCUCCGCAACGGCAGGAGCAGCAGCGCCUCCAGCUCCAACCCGCCAAAGACACCAGCCAAAGUCCAGCCUCCCGUCACCACUGUGAUCAAAAAAGACAAGAACGUCUGCAAGAUCACCUUCAGUCCCAACAUCGUCCAGCAGGCCAAGAUCACCACCAACGGCCUCCUGGGAGACUUCGUGAUCCGCUAUGACGUGCAGAGGGACAUGGGGAUCGGAGACAUCCAGGUCUUAAACGGACAUUUUGUGCACUACUUUGCUCCCAAAGAUCUGCCUGCGGUUCCUAAGAACGUGGUGUUUGUGAUCGACACCAGCGCCUCCAUGCUGGGGACCAAAAUCAGACAGACUAAAGAAGCUCUGUUCACCAUCCUGAGAGAUCUGAGACCCGGCGACCGCUUCAACUUCAUCAGCUUUUCAAAUAGAAUCAAAGUCUGGCAGCAGAAUCGUCUCGUACCGGUGACACCGCUGAACGUCAGAGACGCCAAGAAGUUCAUUUUCACUCUGGCGACCACUGGAGGUACGAAUAUCGACGGUGCGAUCCAGGCAGGGUCCUCUCUUCUUCGUGAACACCUCUCAGGCCCUGAGGCCAGUCCCAACAGCGUCUCCCUCAUCAUCUUUCUGACUGAUGGACGGCCCACGGUCGGGGAGAUCCAGUCCAGUGCGAUCUUGGGAAACACUCGCUCAGCGGUGCAGGAAAAAUUCUGCAUCUUCACCAUCGGGCUCGGGAACGACGUGGAUUACCGACUGCUGGAGCGCAUGAGUCUGGAGAACUGUGGGAUGACGAGGCGGAUCCCCGAAGACGCCAACGCCAGCACCAUGCUCAAAGGGUUCUACGAUGAGAUAGGAACUCCUCUGCUGUCUGACAUCAGGAUCAACUACACCGAAGACUCAGUCCAGUACGUCACCCAGCAUCUGUUCCCCAACUACUUCAACGGCUCUGAGAUCGUCAUCGCCGGCAAGUUGAAAAACCAAAGCACGGAGUCGCUUCACGUUCAGGUCACCGCCAGCAACAACGACAAGAGCAUCGUCCUGGAAACCGACGUACCGCUCCGCCAACGACAGACAGAGACCGAGAGUAACGUGAAGGCGGCCACGGCAGCUAUGGCGGAGGGAGCGAAGGUUUUGGGAUCAAUAACGGAGGACUUUGUUGAACGUGUCUGGGGUUUCCUGAGCGUCAAAGAGGGCCUGAGGGCGAGGUUGAAGAGCCAAACAAGCAAGGAGAGGGAGAACCACAUCCAGCAGGCCACCAAUCUGUCUAUGACGUACCACUUCCUGAGUCCGCUCACCAACCUGGAGGUGGAGAAGCCAGAGGUGCUACCGGACAACACCAUGGCCCCCGAGCCAACCUUAACCCCAGGAGCCGGGGAGGCCGACAACGACCUGCCGGGGGAUGCAGAGGACGGACAGACGGACAAUGUCGGGGGGAAACCAGGGAGCCAGACUUCACCUGUGAGCAACAACAUUGGUAAAGUUCAGAGGAGACCGGCCAAGAAAUCAAUCACCGUCUCCAAAACAUCAGCCGAUGGUGACCCUCACUUCGUGGUGGAGUUCCCUCUCAGUAAGCUGACAGUUUGCUUUAACAUCAACGGAGAGCCGGGUCACGUCCUGCGCCUCGUCUCUGACCACAAGUACUCCGGCGUGACGGUGAACGGUAAACUCAUCGGCGCCCCGGCUCCACCCGGCAGCCACAAACAGCAGCGUACGUAUUUCAGCACCAUCACCAUCGUGGUGGAUCGGCCCAGACGCGCCUACAUCGAGGUGACGCCCAAGAAGGUGAUCCUGGACGGGCUGGACAGGAUGGUGCUGCCCUGUCACUCCACGGUGUCAGUGGACAGUGGCGCUCUCUCCGUGUCCAUCGUGGGAAAGUCCAACGUGACGGUGACCGUCGGGGGGAACAUCAGCUUUGUGAUUCUGCUGCAUCAGUACAAGAAUCCGGCCACGUACCAGAGAGACCAUCUGGGCUUCUACAUCGGACAGAGCAAGGGGCUGUCGCACAACUGCCACGGCCUGCUGGGUCAGUUCCUGUAUGAGGAAGUUGGCCUUGCCCAGCUUCCUGCAGAGGGAGACAUAAAACCCUCCACGGUCCUGAAAGUGAAGGACCGCUCCGUCCCCGUGGUCCAGAAGAACCGGAAGAUCUACAGCGGGACUCAGAGCGUGGACUGCUGGUUCGCACGCAACAACGCCGCCAAGCUGAUAGACGGACGGUACGAGGAUUACGUGACGUCGCACAUGUUCGACACGGGAGACUGGCCGCACGGGACGAACCGAGUGUGAGACGGCGGCUGCAUGUUUGGAUUAACUCAAGUUUACUCUCCUGCACAGAAACCUUCACAUUUCAUCCAUUCACCUCCCAAAAACUGCCUGUUCUGAAUAUAUUUUUGUACCAUUUCUAAUAGAAAUUUAAUGUUUAUAUAAUAUUAAGUGUAUUAUUUUGUAAUGUGAUUUUAAAGCUGUAAA